AUGACCUCCUAAAUGAAGCUCCCUUAAUUAAUGAGGUUUAUUGUUAUAGUAGCUAAAGAUAAUAGCAUUUCCCUUCUCCUUUCUUAUUUGAUUUUUGAGAUCUUUGGUACUUUAAUUUCAAGGUCAUCUCAUAGCAUUAUUUAAAAUAAAUAAUAUUGA